AUGACUUCAUGUUUCAAUAUUCCUCCUAACUUUUGGAAAUUAUUCUAUAUGAAUCUCAUUUUGACAAUGCAUUUAAGUCUUUGUUUAGCCCUGAUAGCAUUAUUGCCAUAAAUUGCAGAACAAAACGGCUAUACUGAUCUUGGCAAAUAUUCCAUUAUGAAUGUCUACUUAACCGAGUUCUUAUUCAAUAUUAUUGCACCAGCAUACCUUAAAAAUAGAAAAUUCAACUAAGCAUUCCUAUUUUAAGCUAUAUUAGUUGUUCCAUGCUUUUUUGUUUCUGAGUAACUUUCAUUCAAAGAAAUAGCUACUUAGCGAAUUGCAGAAACGGUAACGAUACUUCUUGGAUUUGUAAACCUUCCGUUAUGAGUCCACUUUGUUUAUCAUUUACAUUUCUCUUAGGAGUUGGACUUGCUGGUUACUUUGUUCUUUAAAAUUUUUAUGUAAGUCAAUGUGUCUCUCAUGAAUCAUAAGAAAUUAUGUUUAGCACAACUUAUAUUUUUUUAGGAUUCUCCUCAAUGUUAAGUGGAUUUUAUGCUUAAAUUAUGUUAAAAUUAGUCUCAAGAUCAUUAUUUUUUUGGGUCUCAGGUUUUAUUGAACUCAUUUUAUCUUUACUUUUCUUUUUUAUUAAAACUCCAUCUAAAGAAGACACUUUGGUAUCUGACUGUAAAAAUACUCAUGAAUAUAAAAUUGAAACAUAAUAAAAUACUUUUGGUCAAAAUAUCUUAGAUAUAUUUAAAACUAUGUUUGCUAAGUCUUCUAUUAUAUAUUAUCCUUUAUUUUGGACCAGUGGAAUUAUAAUUGGAUUUGAAUACGGCUUACUCUAUUAAUAUAUAAAUAAAUCAUUAUCCUUAUAACAUUAAGAUCCUUAAACUAUUAAUGAAAUGACUGCUUCCGUUUAUCUUAUUGUUGGUAUUGCUUAGAUUUUUGCAGCAGUAUUAAACGGAUUCAUUAAAAAGUUAUUCAAAUCAAAUUCUAAUAUUAUCCUCUAUGCUAAUAUACUCUGUGUUAUUACCUUCAUAUCCUUAGUAGAUUCUUUUGUUUAUGAUUUCACCUUAACAAAAACUCUGGGAUUCUUUUUGUACUAUUAUAUUAAUUUUAGAGGAUUUGCUGACAUGACUGGAUAAUUUACAUCAGCCAUUACCAUAUCUGAAUAAUAUAAAGACCCACUAUCUAUCUAUGGAGUUUACUUUUGUAUGCAAAAUUUUUCUAUUGCUUAUAUGAUAGCAUAAGCUACAUUUUUCUAACAUUUACAUCUAGCCUACAAUUUAUGCAUAAUAACUUUAUCAUAAAUUAGUGUUAAUAUUUCUAUUCAUUAUUUAAAAAAGUAAAAGCAUGAGUGA